AUGACACCGGUGGUCACACUCACCACGGCCAUUCCCGAAUCUUCGUGGGUGCCGACUGGAGGAUGUCGAGGUUGUGACAGGAUUCGAACACAAGAGGCCAGGGGACGAGAGCAGCGGAUGGGCGUAGUUGUAGGGUUGAAGAAUACUGUGUCUGAGAACUCGACUGCUCUGUCGCUGCCUCCAAUAGCCAUGGCAACUCUUGGGACACAAGAAUCCCUCUCAUCCUCAGUUUCAAAUGCCCUGGAAACGCCCGAAGCCACGAAAACCACCCCGCAGCUCGUCCACAGUCUCAAACACAGCAGCACAGUCCUCGCCCUCGCCGUCAGCCCGAAGCACGACUCGAUAUAUGCAGGCACUCAAGACGGUGAAAUUGUGGUCUGGUCCUUGGACACAUUCCAUCAGCUUCGGCAAGUCCAAGCGCACAAGCGAAGCAUCCUAUCGCUGUUUCUAUCUCCAGACUCGUCACUACUUUUCUCGAGUGCUGGUGACGCAGUGGUAAAUGUGUGGUGUCCCAGGAGCUUGCGAAGACUCUACGAAAUUUACGGCGUACAUGACGUUGGCGAUAUCUUCUGCACCGCAUAUAGUGUCCAACAUGAUACGCUGUACAUUGGAGCGCAGAAUACGACCAUACAAUGGGUGAAGCUAGGCGAUCCCUCCAGUAAGGUGUCUCCAGAUUCGCAAAGUCACCCGGAUCGACGAAGUCACCGAUUUUUCGACUCAAAAGCCGUUGGAGGCGGGGCCACGCCGAGAAGGAAUGAAGAACGGUGGGCUCUCAUACCCCGAGCCCAGUCGGUUCUAGAGAUAGACAGUGGAAGCAUUCGUCACUUUGCACACAAUGGCUAUGUAUACUGCAUGUUGAUGGCCAAAGGUCCCACUGUUGAAGUCGACGCAGAUGACGACGUCCUCAUCUCUGGCGGUGGUGAUGGUACUAUCAAGCUGUGGAAUCUGACUGGGUCACGUACGAAUGGCCGAGACCACAUGGGUGACAACCCUCCCGGAGGUAUCGAGGAAAUCAUGACGCUUGGCGCAGAUGAUGCCGAAUCUGUCCUGUCGCUUGCCCUUGACGGCUCGUUUCUGUACGCCGGCAAGCUCGAUGGCAUAGUAGAGCUCUGGGAUUUGGAUACAACGCAAAGGCUAAGGGUUAUAAAAGCCCAUGGUGGGGAUGUGAUGUCGUUACAAAUGGGAUGGGGGUGCCUCUGGGCUGGGUCGACAAAUGGGUGGGCUAGCAAAUAUAGCACUGCCCAUUACUGUGCCCAUCGUCAUGUAUCUUCCGGAGACGUUAGCCAGAAGUAUCAGUGCCUUGGGAGGUGGAAAGCACACCAGGGCAAGAUUCUGGCCUCUGCAGUUACCACGCACAAAACAGAGAAGUAUUACAUCACUGGUGCAAAUGACGAGGACAUCUCAAUCUGGUCUGUCAAGGACCUCACAGCUUUGAAACCAACCACUUCAGAAAAGAGCAACGACUUGCUCCUUUCUACGUUGAGUGACUUUGUUUCGUAUAAAACAGUAUCUUCUCGGCCGGAGUAUGCUGAAGACUGCCGCAGAGGUGCCACAUUUCUGGGUUCUCUGUUCAAGAGGCUUGGCGGUCAUGUUGAAAUGCUUAGCACGGAGAAGGCGCAUAACCCAGUAGUUUAUGCCAGGUUCUCAGGCAAAAAAGAAGCAUCAGAACAACGAAAGCGCAUCCUCUUCUACGGACACUACGAUGUUGUCGCAGCCGAUGGUAAGAAAGGCAAGUGGGCCACCGAUCCAUUUACUGCGACGGGGGCCAACGGUUUCCUAUAUGGUCGAGGAGUCAGUGACAACAAGGGUCCCAUCAUUGCGGCAUUGUAUGCGGUUACAGAUCUCAUGCAAGCGCAGAAACUAGAAAACGACGUCAUCUUUCUCAUCGAAGGUGAAGAGGAGUUUGGUUCGCGGGGCUUUGAAGAGGCGGUAAAGAGGAACAAGGAGCUCAUUGGAAAUGUGGACUAUAUCCUGCUGGCCAAUAGCUACUGGCUCAACGAUGAGGUUCCAUGCUUGACAUACGGUCUCCGUGGUGUGCUUCAUGCAACGAUUUGCGUUGACUCCCCCAGGCCAGAUAUCCACUCUGGAGUGGACGGCUCUCAUCUGUCGGACGAACCACUGACUGAUCUAACUUGUGUUUUAUCCAAGCUAAAAGGUCCCGGCAACAGAAUCCAAAUCCCUGGAUUCUACGAUGGCAUUCCGCCCAUUACGCCAGAGGAGGAAGCACGGUAUGAUGACAUCGCCUCCAUCAUGGUCCACCAACAAUCACAGGCUGUUUCCGAAGAGAAGCUCAAACAGUCCCUCAUGGCGAGGUGGCGGGAGCCCAACCUCACAAUUCACCGAUACAAGGUAUCUGGCCCAGACGGGAGUCUAGUGAGCAGUCACGCCAGCUCACACAUCAGUCUGCGACUAGUCCCAGGACAAGAAGUAGAAGAUGUGUCCAAAGCAAUGUCGUGGUUCCUCCGUCGCGAGUUUGACCUUCUUGAGUCUCAAAAUCGGCUCAGCAUCAAUAUCGACAAUAAGGCUGAGCCAUGGCUGGGCGAUCCAACCAAUCAGAUAUUCCGCACUCUGGGACAGGCUAUUAUCGAGGCAUGGCCAGAUCGGUUCGACCUAAGCGGCGCCCCCAAUGGCAAAGUACAGGCUUCGUCGGUGGGCAAGUCAUCCAAACCGCGAAAGCCAUUAUACAUUAGAGAAGGCGGAUCUAUCCCAGCCAUUCGGUUCUUAGAGAAGGAGUUCGGUGCUCCGGCAGCACAUUUGCCUUGCGGACGGGCCAGUGACUCAGCCCAUUUGGACAAUGAGCGCAUGAGUCUUAUCAAUCUGUUGAAAGCACGAGAAAUUUUUGGCAAAGUUUUUGCACGACUAUAG